CGGCGGCCGGUGCGGCGGAGCACUCAAGACGCUAGCCUGCCUGCAGGAACAUCUCCGUGGAUUCCCAGGGCUUCUUCCACUAGAAGCAAGAUGGCUGAACUCAACACACACGUAAAUAUCAAGGAGAAGAUUUAUGCCGUUCGAUCCGUGGUCCCCAACAAAAGCAACAAUGAAAUUGUCCUGGUGCUCCAGCAGUUUGACUUCAGUGUGGAUAAAGCAGUGCAAGCCUUUGUGGAUGGGAGUGCAAUUCAAGUUCUGAAAGAAUGGAAUAUGACGGGAAAAAAGAAGAACAAUAAAAGGAAAAGAAGCAAGUCCAAGCAGCAUCAAGGUAACAAAGAGGCUAAAGACAAAGCAGAGAGGCCGGAAGCAGGGUCCCUACCACAGCAACCACCGCCACAGCUGCCAAACGGCCACUCACACGCAGGCGACAAGGACGGUGUGUCCACUGACUCCACCACCACCGAAAAGCUCGUGGGUCUUCCGCGUGAAAAAAAGAUCUCAAUACUCGAGGACCCUUCAAAGGCACUUCGUGGGUCCACAGAAGGCAACAGACCACUGCAACAGAAACUGCCCGUAGACGACAACCCCAAACCUAGACAUGGAGCACCACAGAGGUCAGAUGGCCUACAGUGGUCAGCCGAGCAACCUUGUAACCCAAGCAAGCCCAAGGCCAAAACAUCUCCUGUUAAGUCCAGUGUCCCCGCAGCUCAUCUUGAAAUAAAGCCAGAUGAGCUGGCAAAGAAAAGAGGUCCCAAUAUUGAGAAGUCAGUGAAGGAUUUGCAGCGUUGCACUGUCUCUCUGACCAGAUACCGCGUCAUGAUCAAAGAAGAAGUGGACAGUUCGGUGAAAAAGAUCAAAGCGGCCUUCGCCGAAUUACACAACUGCAUCAUUGACAAAGAAGUCUCACUGAUGGCAGAAAUGGAUAAAGUGAAAGAAGAAGCCAUGGAAAUUCUGACGGCUCGUCAGAAGAAAGCCGAAGAACUAAAGAGACUCACGGAUCUAGCCAGUCAGAUGGCGGAGAUGCAGCUGGCCGAACUCAGGGCAGAAAUUAAGCACUUUGUCAGCGAGCGCAAAUACGACGAAGAGCUCGGGAAGGCGGCCCGCUUCUCCUGUGACAUUGAACAGCUGAAGGCCCAAAUCAUGCUCUGUGGAGAAAUUACGCAUCCAAAGAACAGUUAUUCUUCCAGAACUCCCUGCAGCUCCCUGCUCCCUCUGCUCAACACUCACGCCGCAGACUCUGGGAAGCACAGUAACUUUGCCCGAAAAUCGUCCAGUCACAACAAGCCCCCUGAGGGUAAAGCUGCCAACCUGAAAAUGGCGGGCAAUCUUCCCAGCAGCCCGGACACCUCUCACCAGCCCAUGCCAGCCAACAAGCAGAAUGGAUCUAAUAGCCAAAGACGAAGAUUUAAUCCACAGUACCAUAACAACAGGCUACCCGGGUCGGCCAAGCCGCAGGGCGGCGGGAAUGAAGCCGACCCGAUGGCGAAAGGCACCAGCCGCCACGAACACAGAAGACAGCCGCACAACGGCUUCCGCCCCAAAAAUAAAGGCGGCCCCAAACACCCAGAGGCCCCCGAGGCCCCGGCCCACUCAGAGAAGCCCCGGCGGAGGCAGCACCCCGCCGAGCACCCGGAGGCCAGGGCUUUCCGGGGCAACGUGGCGCGGGUGUCGCAGUGCAACCUGUGCCCCACGCGGAUAGAAGUCUCGGCGGAGGCCGCCGUCCUCUCGGUCCCCGCCGUCACCUUGGUGGCCUGAGCGGGGAGGGGGCAGCCCGCCGGACCGGUUCCCUGUCCGAGGUGCUGGCCCAAUCCGCUGCCAAAGGAGAGCCCCUCGGAAUAGCCGCGCCCUCCUCUCUGCCCACGUGUACUAAUUCUCAUCCUCCGCGCUCGCUUGCUUCAUAACGCCCAUGGCUUUGCUUGACCUGUUGACGCUUUGCCACAUGGAGACCAUUUAGCCAGGCAGUAUUUACUCAUCCUUAGAAAAACCGAGAGGCGGCUGCAGACCACAGGCUCCGCAGCAAACCUAUGUCGUAGCGUGAUGUCGGUCCAUUGAUUGUCUUUAGAGAGUUAAUGUUCCCCAAAAAACAAAACAAAACAAAAAAAAAGUUCGUCAUGAUUAGACAAACAUGAUCUGCUGAAGACACAUGCGCUUUUGUAGACUUUAACAUCUGGUGUUUUUCUGAAAUAUAUAUAUAUAUAUAUACAUAUAUACAUAUAUUGCUUUAUUUGAAACAAAUUAAAAAUCUGCUGCAUUUGACACCUGG